GCUGCGCUAACCGACAGCGGCGCAAAUGCUAGCUGCUUAUUUUCUGCUUAAAACGAAUUAAUUCGGGCUUUAAACAACGUUUUUGUUAUCGGUAACGCUGAUGUUUUCUUUUUAAAACUCCCCAAACGCUGCUUUGCCGAGAAAAACAAGAAUUUGUGCCUCAAAAACUCGCUUUCUUCUGAAACCAAUUUAAAUUAUGCGUUAGCCUACUGCUAACGUUAGCCAAACAAGGAGCUCUUUCUGAGCAGCUCGGUCAUUUUCGGUUUAAACCGCUCUGCGGUCAAAAACAAACAAGUUAAUUCGAAGGACUGAACACAUUUUACUUCGCAUGUGCUCCAAAUGUUUGUGGUUAUAGCGGUGAGAAUGGUAGCUGUCAGUAACAGUCAGCGGGGUUUUAUAUGUAAAUAGCAGCAGCGGUAACGUUACAGGACAGGCAUCAUCAUGGAGGAUGAGGACUUCAUCCUCGCUCUGCAGCUGCAGGAACAGUUUAAUAACGAAGCCCUGGCUCCUUCAUGGGCCGACGAAGACAACGACGGCUUCCCUUUCAGUAAGAAACGAAGGGUUGACUCCUCUGACUGGACCGCUGUCCGUCCUCAGGCUCCCAUGUCCAUAGUGGAUGAGAGGUGGGAGAUGCUGGACCCCAGUCCAGAUGUACGGGCCAUGUUCCUGCAGUUCAACGACAUGUUCUUCUGGGGGAAACUCAGCGGGGUCGAGGUCAAGUGGAGCCCUCGAAUGACACUGUGUGCUGGAGUGUGCUCUUAUGAAGGGAGAGGUGGUUUGUGCUCCAUUCGUCUCAGCGAACCUCUUCUGAAACUCAGACCUCGAAAAGACCUGGUGGAGACUCUUCUUCAUGAGAUGAUACACGCUCUCCUGUUUGUGACCCAGAACAACAGAGACCGGGACGGUCAUGGGCCGGAAUUCUGCAAACACAUGAACCGAAUAAAUAGCGCCAGCGGAACCAACAUCACUAUUUACCACUCCUUCCAUGAUGAGGUGGAUGUUUACCGGCAGCACUGGUGGCGUUGCGAUGGACCGUGUCAGAACCGCAAGCCGUUCUUCGGUUACGUGAAACGAGCGAUGAACCGAGCUCCUUCAGCCAGAGACCUGUGGUGGGAGGACCAUCGGAGAACCUGUGGAGGAACAUUCACUAAGAUCAAAGAGCCAGAAAAUUAUGGGAAAAAGGGCAAGAACGAGGAGAAGAAGGACAAGAACGCAUCCAAGAAGCCUGCAAGCAAAAUCACAUCAGCCAGCAGCAGCACAGGUUCUGGUUCUCAGGAUAUCAGGAACAUCAUUCCUUUCAGUGGCAGGGGUUUUGUUCUUGGAGGGAGUUUACAGCCAUCCGCAUCCAUACAGAAGCCACCCAGCCAAAGUCCCUCUCCUUCACAUAGAACGCCGGAGGAACCAGCUAAAACUUCACCCAUAAACACUGAACCACAGUCCAGCCCGAUCCAUUUGGACAGGAGGGUCAGCACCAGCAGUGCAACGGUGCUUCCUAAACGGUCCGUCAGCAACACCAAAGCCUUCAUCAAUAUCAACGGCUCUCCUGUGAGAAUCACAAAAGACAACAGUAGCUUGAUGAGACCUAAACAGAGGACGGUGCAGGACCUUUUCCAGGCCAGGAGCCUGAACUCUCCUGAGAAAGCAGCUAGCGCCACAAGUGCCACAAAACCCGUCACGUCUUCCAUAGCCUCAAACCAGCCUUCCAAAAUACCAGCUCUGGGUAGUGCCUUGGACCUUAAACCCUUGGGGCAGCCUUCUCUCUGUACAGACUGUACCAAAACUAACCCGUUUAACAAGAGCUCCUCUAAUAACCCUGUUGGACCGAAGCCUGCUUCUGCAGGGCCACUCCUUUCUAAAUACUUCGGCAGCCCCAAGAAUUCCACAGCCGGAACACCGGGUUCCAGUGUGAAGCCAGAAAGCAGCCCUUGCCCUCUGACUGCCAACUCAAAACACUUUGGAAGUCCCGGAAAGCUCGGUUCACAUGUUCCAGCCUCAACGUCCAGACCCUUUGGAAGCCCUAACAAGUCAGGCACUGCUGCUCCGGGAGGGAGGAAAAGAUUGCGUGACGAUCGUAAUUCUGCACACAUAUUUGAUUUCUUUCAGCGAGAAGUCAGGCAGUCAUCUGCUACUUCCUCCUCUAGGGAGCAGAGAGAAGAGGGAAGGGCUGCUGGUGGGACAGCAGGUAGCGCCCCCCACAGCUCUUCAGCUCCCUCUGCUGUCACUGUGCACUGUCCCGUGUGCCAGAGCAAAGUGCUCGAGUCCCAAAUUAACGAGCAUUUAGAUUCCUGCCUUAAGUGAUCAGUACAGAGAAGCAGAGUUGAAUGUGUCCGAAUGUGUUUGUUUUUACCACUUUGUGAGGACCUGAUGUCUUCAUGAUGACAAAACGUGAUAGAUUUAUAGUAAUGAGUGGAUUUCGCUGGUUCUUGCAAGCAAACAUGCUGCUUUUACAACAUAUAGAGCUGUUGCAUUUUAGUCACUGCUGUUAAGUGAGACGCAGGUACAGCAUUAUUUAACUACAAUAAUACAGCUACGCCAGUGGAAGUCCUCACAAAGAUAGUAACACCAACCUGAAUGUGUGUUCGUAUUCCAGAUUUACUAAAACUUGUUCAUGACGUAUUCAGGCCAAAGUCGGUAACCUCACACUUCAAUGUUUGAUCAAAGUCAUAAUUAUUGAUGAGCCUCAGUGAUUUAUAAUGCAGUGUUUGUCUGGUGUAUCUCAUCUGCUGUGCUGAUUGAAUCUCAGCUCAUUUUAAUUGCACAUUUGAAUAAGUAGAGAGUUUGAACCCCAAAAA